UUCAACCAAGGAGGAAAAAAAAAUGAAGAAAAGCAUGUUUUCAAACCAUGUUUCAAGAAGAGACCUUUUUCUGUAUGGUGGACACAAAAGUCAGAAGAAUGAUAAGUCCAGCUUCCAGCAGAUCUCCACUCAGUCACAAGAAUUUUCACAGGGACUGGAGGGAUUCAACUUGAGCAAUGGUUCAUCUGAGCAGUUGUCCCAAGGAAGGAAAAUGUUUGACAGUUACAACACACCACAGAGUAGCAGUAACAAGAACCUGGCCUCUCUGAUGAAGCCUAUCUCCAGUGUGUCUUCAGCCCCAGGGCGCCCAAAGUUCCAACAGCAAUACCAGAACAACAGACUCAAAGCAAAGGAAAAUGAAGACAGAGAGCUGAUGCAGGCAAUAUCGCACACUGUUAGAGAAUGCUCAGAAGAGGUUCAAAAUGCCAUGAAAGUCAUACCAGAACACUUGGGAGAACACAUGCAAAUGUUUGGAGAUUCCUUAACAAAACUGAUCAAUGACAAUCUGCAAGAGCAGUUUGAAAAUAUCAUCCUGACUUUUCAAGAUCAAAAAGAUGCUAGGCAGCAGAUUGGUGAAAUGAAAGGAAUCAUAGAAGAGAAACAAGCACAGAUAGAUGACCUCCAGAAACAGUUGGAUCACCAUCAGAAAGCCGGGUGUCAGCAGUCAGUGGAGAAAGUGACCGAUGUCAUUCACAAGAGCCGGGAUCACGUGGACAGACAGCUCCUGACUCUGAUAGACAGCAACCAGGCCAUCACAGAGAACCAGCACAGGAUACUACAGGGGCAGGAGAACCAGCUGAAUGUCGGGAACCAGAAUCACAGCCAACUACAACAGAGACUGGAUAACAUGCCAACGAACAUCGGGAAAAACAGCAGUUUUGCAGAAGAAAUAAAAUGUAUAAGAAGAGAAUUAGAAAUCCAGAAGAUGGAGGCUCUAGAAUUCUUUCAAGAUUUGUUCACGAAGAGCAGUGAUGAGCAGACCAGAGACAUUAGCAAACAAAUAGAGAGUGAAGUAAGCCGAUCCACCAAAACCAUCUGUAAUACCUCUAACAGUGUGGCCAACAUCCAGAGAGAUUUCCUUCAUGAUACAAUGAAAGAGCAGCAAGAAGAGCUGAAGGCCUUCCUGAAAUCUGAACUACAGAGGGCACACAGAAACCAGUCCAGCAGGGAAUCUGUGGACUCCUUCCAUGCAAAGCACAGAGAUUACACAGAGACCUAUAAUGAUAGGAAAUGUAGAUCUCCUGCCCCAGUACAAACCGGGAGAGAGCCAGUUGGUUUUGUUCAGAAAGAGAGCAAAGAAAUCAGACAGCAGGACCCUCAACAAAUUCAGUUUUAUGACAAUCCACACAAAGAAACCAGUUCUGUGUUCAAGUCUGAAAGGAAACAAAAGUCUACCCAACACGAUUUUAUGUCUCCUGACACAAACGGAAAUCAUAGUCAAAGCAAAGCGUUUUUCCAAAGACCAAACCCAUCUCCUGUUGCCACAGUUCUACCACAGCCCCAGGAGAAAGGCCAGUCCCAGGGGAGGGGCCAGUCCAGAAUUGGGAAGGAAUCCCAGGAAAACUACCAGGCAGGGGACAGAGGUCAAAUGACUCAAGGAAGAGCAGACAGGAAAAAUGACAAGUUUAGAAACAUGGCACCCAAAAGGAGAUCGCAGAGGAUUGCAGAAUUUUCACAAAAUUCGGAAAGCAGUUCAGAAAACAUCCCUGUCAACAGUAUUCCUGUAUAUGCCUCUCAGAACUGUUUUGAUAGUCAACAAUUGUCAUGUUCUUCAAAUGAAUCACAAGAUGACAUUAUUUCAUCUUAUGCCAAGAAACCACGAUAUAAUACACAGAACCAUGAAUGUCACACUAGCUUGUCAAAGAAUUUUGCUCUUUCUGCUGAUGGUCACCUUCCAAGGCAACAUACUUAUAACUAUGGAACAGUGAGACCAAAUGUCAGAACUCCAUUAAAGAAGUUUGGUAAAGAUGCUGAUGUUUUCCAAUUUUCUGAAGAAAAUUCAAACUUUCCUAAAACUGGACUUGGAAAUCCCAUCUCUAGAAUGAAUAAAAGAGAAAAACUGGUGGAAAAUGAUACAGAAGUGUCUGAAGAGAGCAGAGACUCCUCCCCUUCAGUGUCCAUCACUAAAAUCAUGAUCAAAAGGAAAUCUCGCCGAGAUUCACCCGCCUCGUCCGUCUUCAGCAACUUCAGGACAUACUCCCAUUCCAAGGCCAAACCUAUCACUUCUACUCCAGGAUACCAGCCAUCUGAAAGUGGAUGGAAAGUGAACAGAGGGGACAUUCUGACUAAGAGACAGGAGAGUUAUAAGAGGAACCUGAUGCAGGUCGAUGAUGAUCUACUAGAGUUGUCCCAUAGGAUCCAGAACCAGCUCAAAAGGAGGUGAUUGAAAUACUGGAGUGGUCCCAUAGAAUACAGAAAUACUCGAAAGGAAUACAGUCCCAAGUUCGGAAAUCAGCUCAAAAGAGAUGAUGAAAUAUACACGUACUGACAAUAUGUUAGUUUUACCUUGAAAUACAUGAAUUUAUUGAAAAGUUUAUAUUGUUAAAACAGACUACACGGAAAAUGAAAAAAAUUGUUUGUGUGAUUGUGUGUGUGUGUUACUUUUUUUACUUCCAUAUAUAAAUAACACGGAACUGUGAUAUUCAAUUGAAUUUCAUACAGUUUUUUUUUCUCAAGGAGAGCUUAAGCAUCUUCAUAUGUUACAGGACUAAAAGACAUGUACAUGUGUGAGCCAUAUGUAUAUCUAGAACGAUGCAAUGUGUGUGCAAUACUCCUCUGUAUUAAUUUGAUCAAUUUUCAUUAUUACUUUGUUGUUAUUUUUUUUUAACAAUGGUGGAUCCAUGAUCAUCAAAGCUGAUGCCUGUGAUAUUGUUUUAUGACGUGUAAACAAUGUGUUGGAACUGUGAUAGUUUUAAAAACAUGCCAAGUACAUGAUGGUUUUCUUGUUUUGAUUCAUGUAAAUACAAGGUGACGAAAAAGAUGUUAAUUUUCUUUGUUAUAUUAUUGUUUUGAUUGUAUUCCAUUAAAAGUUACUGU